GAGUGGAUAAGUUUUGUUUUUCUUGGUACGAAUGAAUAGUACAUUAAAUGGACUCACGAUACCAGAAAACCAAAAUUUCCUAUAAUUGAUAAAAAAAAAGUUAGGAUCUAAAAACUUAAGAAAACUCUGACGUAUAUUGUAGCGUAUUUAAUCUCCAUCCAUUUGUACCAGGAACAUAAAUAGUCCCAUCAGGUUAUAGGGUCUGUGACCCAGUUGAAAGAUACCUUUUACCUUUUAUAAAUAUUAAUUUUGAUUUUUUAAAGUUGAAAAUUUGAUGUAUGACUGGCGUAAACCUUUUACUGCUUUUCCCGUUCGUUUUGAAAAGAUGUUGUCAAACUUGAGUUCUGCCUCAAUGCAUAUUAAACAACUUGCAGACAAGACAAAGUAUAAUAUCUUUAUCGUCGCGUCUGCUAAAGCAUCUGAACUGUAUAUACAUGCAUCUAUUCAUCAUUUCGAGUCACAUAACUUCCGUCGAUUUAUUGUACUCUCAAGAGACACAGCUCCUUUCAAGUGUGAGCAAUGCUUAAGCGCGAAUCUUUUCUGGAUUCAAAUGACGUCGAAUGGUCGGGUACAAACCCUUCGAGCAUUUAAUGACUUUCUGAAGCAGGAAGAACUGGAAUCCUUUUGGAACUAUCGUUCUCCUUUACCUUCAUUUGAAGAGAUAAGAGCAUCCUUAUGUUUGGAUACUAUUUCGCUUGCCUUUGAUUUUUUUCUAAAGAAUAAUUAUUUCAACCUCACUAAUAUUAUACACAAGGCGAAGAAUAAGAAUUUCUCAAAAACUUUGAAAACUAAUCUUCCAUCCAUUUACCCAAACACAUCAGAUCCUCAGAUAAAAGAGAAAAUUGGGUUAAAGCAGCUCAUUUUGGAUAAAUCUCCACAAGAAUGUUGCGAAUUUGGGUAUUAUGAAUUGUAUUUUGGCGUUUGUUAUUAUCAGGUUGUUACAACUAUAAUUCUUAAAAUUGAACGACAUAUACAGGAGCCAGAUAUCGACUAUGCUAAAUUUAUUGCUAAUUGGAGCCUCUCGGAAGGCAUUGCUCCAUUUUAUCCUGCCGGGCUAGACGUCGAUGUACGCAAAUUAAACCACUAUCGAAUUGCUACAAUCAUCCAAGAACCAUUCGUUCAAUUUGUCCCUGUACAUCCAUCUACAAUAAGCUUGGAGAAACCAAGGCCAUGUGCUAGUGAAGAGCCAGUACGCCUAAUUACUGGUCAACUCGUUGAAGGCUACUGCAUCGAUAUGUUGAAAAUGCUUAAAUUGGCACUAAAUUUCACAUUCGACUUGUACUUGGUAGAAGACGGUAAAUUUGGCUCAGUAGAUGAAAGUGGUAGAUGGGAUGGACUGGUCGGGGAGUUGGUUAUUGGGAGAGCAGAAAUGGCUAUUGGACCCAUUAGUAUUUUGGCUGAACGCGAGAAUGACAUUGACUUCACCGUUCCUUUUUAUGAUUUGGUUGGUUUAAGUAUCCUAAUCAAACGGUCCGAGGUGGAGACCUCGCUUUUCAAAUUUCUUAAAGUGUUGGAAUUGCCAGUCUGGACGUGUAUUUUUGGUGCUUAUAUUUUCACUAGUGUGCUCCUUUGGCUUUUUGACCGAUUCAGUCCAUAUUCAUAUACAAAUAACAAGGACAAAUAUGCAAGUGAAACAGAAAAGCGGGAAUUCACUUUAAAGGAAUGUUUAUGGUUCUGUAUGACAUCUUUAACCCCUCAAGGAUUAGACGAUUUGGCAAAACAAUAUAAAAUCGAAUACGCCCCAUUAAAAGGUGGUGCAACCGAAACAUAUUUUCGCCGGAUGGCUGAAAUUGAAGAGCAAUUUUACAAUAUUUGGAAGCAAAUGUCUCUAAAUGAAUCAUUGGAUUCACGUGAUCGAUCAAAACUUGCGGUGUGGGAUUACCCAGUUUCUGACAAAUUUACAAAUAUGUGGCGCUUCAUGCAAGGUUAUACUUUAUUAAUUAAAAAACACUCCAUUAUUGCAGAAUCGCGCCUUCCACAAACUGUAGACGCUGCGAUCGAUCGUGUUUUAAAUUCGGAACGUGGCUUCGCUUUCAUUGGAGAUGCAAUGGAAAUCAAAUAUGCAACAUUGACCAACUGUCGACUUCAACAGACUGAUCAUGUGCUAAAACAACCGCUUAGCCAGGCCAUUCUAGGACUUCAGAAUGAAAGACGGCUUGAGACAUGCAAAGAACGUUGGUGGCAUCAUAAUGUAUAUGCUAAGGAAUGCGAGAGCACAGACGACGAUAGUAACGGGAUUAGUGUACAGAAUAUUGGGGGUGUAUUUCUGGUAAUUCUCGCUGGGAUAUGUAUUUCAAUGCUGUGCCUCCUUGGUGAAUACAUUUAUUACUCGCGGUUACGAAAUCCAAAUGGGAAGAGGGAGACAAGCAAACAUUUGGCGCAGAUGACCAGAGGGCUUGGCUGUUUUGGUGCACUAACUUCGCCGAAGAAAGAACGAAAGAAUAAACAAUGCCAACAGUUCAGUAACUCAGCAUUCAAUGUUGAUUAA